AUGGAGAUUUUGGCCAUUUACGUGAUUGCCUCCGGCGGCAUACUUGCUAGCCUUUUCGUCACCCAAGCUCUCUCUAUACGAAACCACCUGCCAGAGUUAUUUUCUGCUCCCUGUUUCCAAUAUCUAGCACUUUUUCCCCUUGUUCACAGACAUCGAUCUUGGGGCCCAUGGACCGGAGCCAGUGUCUUCCUUCACGUAUCAUAUGCUGCAAUCAACGUCUUUCUUGUCUUCUUCAGAAUAGAGUCGUUCACUAAUGCUGGCAGCCGGGCAGGAGAACUAGCCUUAAUCAACCAGAUUUUUCCUUUAUCCACCAUCAAUCUAAGCCACCUAGCUGACUCUCUAGGUAUCAAGUGGAGUACUUGUCGUAGGAUCCAUCGGGCUACUGGCUGGAUGUCCGUUGCUCUGCUAUUAUUUCACAUCAUUGUUGUUGUUCAAACACAGAAAUUCGUAUUUCCGCUUCGUGAAUUGCAUAACCUUUUUACCUUGAUUGCUGGGAUCUCACUGGGGGCCCUUGCGGUGUUUUCCAUUCCGUGGUUUCGUCAAUGGUCUUAUGAGCUUUUUCUCAGAGGACAUCAGCUCCUCGCCGUCCUCUUUGUCUACGGCACCUGGCAGCACCUUCAAGGCCGUAGCCGCCUCUCGAAUAUUUAUUUCUUUGUCGGAUUGGGCUAUAUCAACCUGUGGAUGCCGGCAGUUAGUCUAUGGUCGUGGGCACAAACACACCCUUUCACAGUCACAUCGUGGUCGAAAGGUCCACAGAAUACCAUAGAACUUCUUGUGCAACCAUGCCGUGGGCUAUCUGCGGAUCUUGCUCGUUACGCCACCGUGGCUGGAGAAACCCCAGUUUCUUUCUGUGCCCUGUUCACUGGCCCUCAUGGAAGGAGUGAAGAUGUUAGACACUAUGAAAGUAUUUUGGUAAUUGCAAGUGGAUUUGGGAUCGCAGCAGCAAUUCCAUACAUGAAGGCGAUGAUCUAUGGUUAUUACACCCGGACCAUAAAGGCUCGCCGAUUGCAUCUGGUAUGGCAGGUAGAGUCGAGGACUGAAAUUACCACCGCCGAGCAUUUGUUAAACAACCUUCUCGAGAAUGAUUACAAGGAUCAUGGCUAUGGGGCGCCUGACUAUCGAAGCAUAAUAUCCGCCGAGGCAUCUGGUGCCCUAAUCAAGAGGCAACCUGGGGAUCCACUCAAGGGGUUAACCAACAUCCGAGAUGGGCAACGGCGGACACUGGUGAUGGGUAAGUGCCUGUCUCAUCAGUUCUGGAUCUUGAUCACUUGA